GUAUUAAUUCUCGUCCUCAUCUGCUUAUCAAAACACAACCCUCUUGUCUUCCCUUCCAAUGGCGAAAUAUCAACAACCCCCUCGAUCUCAUCGAUAAGCCCGUCCCACAAAACCCCAAUCAAAAUCAAACCCACUUCGCAAAAUUCAAUUUUGAAAUCUGGGUCGUUGAGCUUGCCAUGCCACUUUGUUUCUCUCUCACUGCCCACCUCUCCACAGAGGACUUCAUCAAGAACCAUUCAUUUUUCAUCAUCUUUUUUAUUGUGUUUGCAUAUAUACAGUUUGGUAGCUGUGUGUAUGUACAGAAAUGACGGCGGAUACUCAUGUUCCUAAUCCUACGGGCCUUCUUUGUAAUGCUGGAGCUGGAGCUGCUGCCGGAGUUAUUGCAGCUACCUUUGUUUGUCCCUUGGAUGUAAUCAAGACUAGGUUUCAGGUUCAUGGUCUACCUACCCUUGGUAGUGUAAGUAGUGGAACCAUUCGAGGCAGUCUCAUAGUUGGAAGUUUGGAACAAAUUUUUCAGAGGGAAGGAAUACGUGGCAUGUAUCGUGGGCUUUCUCCGACUGUUUUAGCUUUACUUCCGAAUUGGGCGGUAUAUUUUACAGUUUAUGAUCAGCUAAAAAGUUUACUUAGCUCUGACGAUGGAAAUCAUCAACUUUCAAUAGGUGCCAAUAUGAUAGCUGCUGCUGGGGCUGGAACUGUAACAACCAUAGUGACAAAUCCUCUUUGGGUUGUGAAAACGAGGUUUCAAACACAGGGUAUGAGGACAGGUCUUGUGCCAUACAGAAACACAUUUUCUGCUUUGAGAAGGAUUGCUCAUGAAGAAGGUGUCCGCGGUCUGUACAGUGGUCUCGUCCCUGCAUUGGCUGGUAUUAGUCAUGUUGCAAUCCAGUUUCCAUUAUAUGAAAAAAUCAAAUUCUAUCUAGCAGAUCGAGAUAAUACUACAAGUGAUAAACUUGGUGCAAGUGAUGUUGCUGUUGCCUCAUCAGUUUCAAAAAUAAUCGCAUCUACAUUGACUUAUCCACACGAGGUCGUACGUUCAAGGCUCCAGGAACAAGGACACCAUUCUGAGAAACGUUACUCCGGUGUUGUUGAUUGUAUUAAAAAGGUAUUUCAACAAGAGGGCAUCACUGGAUUUUACCGUGGUUGUGCCAUCAACCUGCUGAGGACUACCCCAGCUGCUGUAAUCACUUUCACCAGUUUUGAGAUGAUUCACCGGUUCCUGGUUACUACAUUCCCAACAGAAUCGCAUCGUCAAACAUUUAGAAAUUAAAAGCAGUAUCAUAAUUACACUAUAGUGUGGAUAAACCAAUUUAGGCAACUACAUAUUCUCCCAACAGGCAAAGCAAAUUUUGUCAGCUCCAGUUAACAUGCAUGCUUCUGUUAAUUGCCUUCAGUAGGGUCGGUGAGCCUUGAAGAUGAGGAUUAUGUUACAAUACACAAUGAUAAUGAUGAAAAAGUGUUGAGAUGAGGCCAUGGAACUUUCAAAACAUUGCUUGUAUGUUGCGCUUUGUUAUACCAUUCUUUCCCACUGGAUUUUUGGUUUUACCAUGUAUAAUUGCCAUGGGCUUAGCAUAUUAGUCUGACCUUUAUAAAUGAAUAGGAUUUGUGUGAUUAAACAAUUGGGUUGCCUCUUUUUGGGGAAUUCUUUUAUAAACAGUGCUAGUUCAACUAUCCAAAUUCGUACUGUGUGUAAAUAUUAAAUAUUAAGAGGGGGUGUAUUCAAAUGAGAUUUUAAUGGAUUGUUUUUAGUCUAUGGAUUUUAA